AUGUACACACGAACACGCAAGUUCAACAUACCUACUCAUCAUCCUAACCGGUCCACCAAGCGUUACGGAAUACCCUCUCCCCCUCAGGUCCUGCUCUUUGACUCGACGGUGGCCGGGCUGGUGCUGCUCGUGGGGCAGAUCGCGGACGGUGUGAGCACGCCAAUCGUCGGCAUUUUCUCGGACAAGCAGAACAAAAUACCGAUUUGCGCGAGAUACGGGAGGCGGAAGGUGUGGCAUCUCCUUGGCACGGUGCUGGUCAUCGUGAGCUUCCCCUUCAUCUACAGCAACUGCCUGGGGUGCGAAGACCUGGACCAGUGGUCGCAGCUCGCCUACUACAGCAUCUUCGUGUGCAUCUUCCAGUUCGGGUGGGCGUGCGUCCAGAUCUCCCACCUGGCGCUCAUCCCCGACCUCACCUCCAAGAAGCACCAGCGCACCGAACUCAACUCCAUCAGGUACGCAUUCACGGUGCUCUCCAACCUCACCGUCUUCACCAUCACCUUCUUCGUCCUGAACACGGGCGCCUCGAGCUCCCAGAACACGGACGGUAACUGCACCCUGACCACGAGUCCGAGUCCGAACCCGACGUCGAAUCCGAUCCUCAGUUCGGGAAUGGUUCGGGCCGACGAGUGUUCGAGCACGGAGACUAUCGGACCCGAAGAUGCGAACAAGUUCAGGAACAUCGCCCUCAUCUGCGUGGGCGUGGGAGCUGCCUUCUCCCUCAUCUUCCACCUGGGAGUCCGGGAGCCGCCCUACAUCCCUUCCAAAGAGCAGGAUAUUGUGUCUGUCGAGGACCAAGGAACCAAGAAGCAACAACCGAGGAAGAUGAAGAAGGUGGACUGGUUCAAGGAACUUCCCUUCUACCAGAUUGCUGUGCUCUACAUGGCCACCCGACUCUACGUUAAUUUGUACCAGGUGUACAUCCCCCUGUACGUGCAAGAGACUCUGAGUCUGAGCGAGACGUUCAUCGCCACCGUGCCGUUCGCGAUGUACCUGGCGGGCUUCCUCGGCUCGCUGGUCAUGAAGGAGAUCAACAAGAAGAUAGGGAGGAAGAGGACCUUCGCCCUUGGUUGCUUGGUUGGUAUCGCCGGCUGCCUGUGGGUGUGGUUCGGCCAGGGCGACUACUACGUGCAGUGGGGCAUCUUCCUGGUGGCGACGCUGCUGGGUAUUGGAGGCUCGACCCUCCUCAUCACCUCCCUGUCCAUCACCGCCGACCUCAUCGGCAGCAACGUCGAAGGAGGAGCUUUUGUCUACGGCUUCAUGAGUCUCGUCGACAAGUUCUCCAACGGUAUCAUUAUCAUGAUCAUCCAGGACUCCAACCCCGAAGAGUCGUGGUACUACCGCAGUGUGAUCACCUUUGCCUGUGGAGCGUCAUGUGUCCUGGGUCUCCUCGUCACCAUUUCCCUCAUCAACGUCAAAGUCGGCCGGAGACGAGGAGAAUCGAUUGUCCUGGACAUCCUAGAGGAGCCAGACACGCUCGAAGAGGAGGGUGGAAUCGACAACCCCGCGCUGACCAUCAUCUCCGACGGCAAGAUCCCGAUGGACGUCAAGCCCAACGCGUGCCAACUCAGAGCCGAGGACAAUCCCAGCAUGUGCCAGCUCGGCUUGAAGGACAUCCCCGCUCUGUGCCCGAAAGAAAACUCCGAAAAGGCAGAAGAACUAGAAACGAAACGCGACGGAUAGAUUUAUAGUUCGAAAAAAAGCAUUAUGUGAAGUGCUAAUGCAAACAGAGAAAAGACGUACAAGCGCAUUAGUUAUGAUGACAUUUCCAGUGAGGAACGAUCGCGUAAUGCAGGUUAGGAGAAGGCGGCUGUAUAAUGGUUACGUAAAUGACCAAAAAUGUUAUCGCUUUGAUAAAAUGGCAGAAAAAAACAACCGCACAGUUUAGGUUCAUGAAAAGAUGAUAACAGUUUCGAAAUCCUAGAUUAAGGAAGAUUUCGGAAAUGUUGCUUCAUCUUUCAAUCUAUUUUGUGCUUAAGAUUUUUUUUUUCUGCCUUACUGGUCACGCGUUGAUAUCACUCGGCCGUGACCAUGUGUUUCUACAACCAGGACACCGUGAAGUGCCUAGGAUCUUGGUGAGGUGCUAGAAACUACGUACGGGCUAUCAGUUCGUACCAGCACUCGACCGAAGCUGUGAUCUAGAAAUCUGAGAAGCGGGAAAUACGUGAAUCAGCAGCACAGUUAGCCAUUGGAUAUGUAAUCGUACUGUUGACGGCAUAUUGACUGUUUUUCUUCUCUAUGUUAUGUAUGCCGUAGUGAUUUGUUUUAUUGUUUUCUAACAUUAAAAGAUCACUAUUCUACAAAUAUACCUAAGAUUUAAUACUUACGUUGGCCUCGAGAGUGAUAAGCUAUCUGGACAUAACACUAAUUUUUUAUCAUCUCACAGUACGCCCGGACAUUAUCAAAUCAAACAGAAAGACAAGGUAAAGAAAUUUCACAAACGAGACAUUUCUGUGAUGAAAUAUAGAGGACUUCCAAUGUGUAAUUUCUUCCAAUAGAUAGCUGGAAAAGGGUUAUCGCUUUGUAAUGGUGAUAACGCCAGGUCUUUCAGAUUAUUUAGGUAACGGUACUAGUAAAUAGGUUAACCACUUUCAACUUUCAAAACAUCAAAUCUUUAUCAACUUUAUCUCAUUCACUCAUACGUUUCAUUUCAUGCAGAUUAAGAGGAUUGUCAAGUAUCGUUCGCAAGUAAUUAUUUCGAUCGUGAAAGCUUUUUCCUUGACACUCAUGCACGCGUUCAUUCUUUCUCAUACAUCGCUCAACAACAGGUUCUCUCUCUCUCUCUCUCUCUCUCUCUCUCUCUCUCUCUCUCUCUCUCUCUCUCUCUCUCUCUCUCUCUCUCUCUCUCUCUCUCUCUCUC